CGGUGUUGUCAAGCUCCAAGAGGCUCCUCGAGGUGGGCAAACCCACACGAUAAUCAGAACCCAAACAUUCGAAUCCUUCUCAGUGUCGACGAAAAACGACACCAAGGUGUUGGCACGUCUCCCAUCUUCCGCUCUCCUUCCUUUCCCUCCCUCCUUCCCUCGCUCUCCCCCUCUUCCCCUCUUCUUUUGGACCCCUCCCCGCGCAUGCAGAUGAAUUUUCUCACGCAGACGCAUCUUCAACUGAAGAACUUGUCCGACGCGUAGAAGAACAAGGAGCGCAGACCAUGAGCAGUUCCCUGGAGAAGGUAGUGGCCCAGAAGAAGGAGGCCAUCGAGGCGGCCAUGGACAUGUUGGAGCGCGGCGCUGAGGUCGUGGCCAGCGCCGUGGGCGAACUCUUCCCGCUGUGCGAGGCUGCCGCUCCGGUCCUCCGUCUGGCCCUGGACAACGUCCAGAGCAAGGAGGUGUUCUACGUCAAGGAGCAGUUCCUGACGGUCCGGAACAGUCUGGACCUUCUCUCGGGCCAGCUGGAGGACAUCGACUGCGAGAUCAAGAAGAGCCGGCUGGACUCGCGGUACUUUGCCGCGGAGGAGAACCUCCGGAACCAGUUCAGGAAGUACAUGGACAUCAUCGAGGCCAAGCCGCAGUUCGGCGAGGUGAAGACAAAACUAUUCCUGGAGCAUUUCUCCAGGAGCGGCGGCGAGAAGAAUUUGUUCGUGCUCUACCACGCGCUCAUGGGGAGCAGCGGCUUCGGAGACUCCAUUCUAGACCUGGUGGAAAGGUACGUCUCCAGGAACCGCCGCCUCCUGGAGGACUUUUGCGUGCGCAUGAAGGAGCUUCUCUGCUUGGGCCUCAUCGCUCUGCUGGGACACUCUGCCUUGACCCAAAACCACCAGGAAGAACAGGACAAAAUCCGAGAGUGGAGCCGCAAGAUGGACGAGAUCGAGCUCCGGAUGAAGACCACCGUUCGGUCCUGCGCUGACGCCUUUCCGGAGCAGGCCAAACUGGAUGCCCAGCACCUCCUCCAAGAGAAGCAAAGUCACAACCUCCAAGAGACCGCCCAGCAAGUCCUGGACUUCCUGGUCAAGAAGUACGAUUGGGUGAGCUGGUCGGUGCGCCUCAUCAACCACUCGGGGAGCACCUACCGUAACUGGAGGGCCGGGGAGCGCUUCCACCACGUGGCGGGGCGCAACUGGUUCGAGGUUCUGCAGGUCAAUAACAUCAACCUGGUGGUGUCCUUCAGUACCAGGCCCCGGACGGUGCCCAGGGACGCCGUCCUGGGAGCUAUGGAGGGGGCCGCACGCAAGGCCAACGCACCCGCAGUGGUGGACGUCCUGGAGAAGCAGAUGAGCGGGUUUGUGGUUCACGCCGUCAGCCGCCACAAGGAGUCGGCGGCCGCCUGGAGUUUCCCAGAAGAUCGUCACUACUGGGAGAGCCACAAGAACGUUGCCGUGUGCGUACACUCCGACUGAAAACAUUGCAGAGCGGGGCGCAAAACAAUCACUGCCCACUAUAGUUCCGUCGUAUUUAACUCAUAACCUCUGCUCUAGGCAUGGAUUUAUUCAGCUUUACCGGUCAAGCGUCUUGCAACGAGAUGACGUAGCGCUUCAAAAUGGGAGAAUGUAUCCGAUUGUGGGCGGAAAAAGCAACUUUUACUGGCUAGAUUUUGUUUUUGUGUGUGAUGUCAGCUUUGGCUCCAUUGGGAAACACGUGAGUUGAAAUAAAGGUUCGGGUUAGGGUGUCUCGACUUCCGCUCUACCUCCCAGACUCGCCGAACUCUUGGGGUUCGAUCAAACCCAGAUUAAAAACCACUGAUUAGGGUACAACACGGGGAUGUGCUAGUUUGCAAUGCUCGGUACCACCACCUGCAGGCCCGGAGUGGAACAACAUGGGCCAGAAGGUCCACCUAAUUUCUUAUUCAGUUGAUUUGAGGACUUCCCGGUUAGAAUUCACUCUCGCACUCGCCCCUAAAGCCUAAACCUCAAACCCAAACCCCUAAAGCCUAAACCUCAAACCCUAACCCCUAAAGCCUAAACCUCAAACCCUAACCCCUAACCUUAACUCCAAAUAUGGAACCCUAACCCACUUAUCCUCACACCGCAAUCCCAAACCUAACAGUCGAAAACCAAAGACUAACCCUAACGCCCCAAACCGUUUUCCUAACCCCGAAUUCCCGAACCCUAACUCACGAACUUCAACCCCUAAACCCGAGAACCCCCGGGCACCUCAAGGCCUAAACCCGAACCCACUAACCACCCAACCCUAACCCUAACGCCACCAAAUGUAACCGAGUGUCCUCCAUUUAAGAACGGCAGAUGUUUUAAGCACACAAUGAGGCUGAGACUUUUUUUUACGCGCAUAUUUGUCUUGAAAUAGCAUUCCCUAUUGCAACAAAGUAUUUAUUGAUUGCUUUGUUCACAGUGUCAAUAAAGCGAGCGCACGGUGAACCUUGUGUCGUUUAUGGAUGCGGGGAAGCGUUUCAUCGAAUCCGCUGCUCCUUUCCCUCAGCGCAAAUGCGAUCGACGGCGCACGCCGUUAGCAUCUGCGGCCGCUAAUUGAAUUCCCCUUUGCACCGGCGUCAGCGUUUCCAGACCGCGGCGCUAAAAGCCCCCGCCGCAGGCGCGUAGCAAAGUGCUUAAGCUUAGCGCGCGCGGCGCUCACCACCCGGACGGCGUUUGGAAUCGCGGCGAGUCUUUAGCGGGCCGUAAAAAAACGGACGCUGACCGGUGAGGAAAAAAAACGACGGCGCGCUUUAUUGCGGGCGUUUAGUCAGCGGACCGUCGCCAACGGCAAAUAUCAACAGACGAGCGUCCUCGGCGUCGCGACGUAUUGGCUCUCUCUGGUCAGGUGCUGUUCUGCCGUCGUCUCGACGUGGACGCAUUUUUGCAAAUAUGUCAUCGGAGCGCCACCUCGUGGUGCAAACAGUUCGUUUUUUUUUUCUGCAAUUUUGAAACGCUUCG